CGGUACCUCGACUGCGGACGAUAUGAAAGUGCGAAUGAACUGGGCGAAACCCUCCAUGUCGCCGUGGGCACGAUACUCUCGAGAACCCGCCGGACUUCACUUCACAGUCGGACCAAAUGGCUUUCGUCAUGUCCCCGAGCUGGGUUCUCAUCUACGUCCUUGCCGUCGGGCCCCUGGGCGUAGCAGCAGCCGCCGACGACCUCUCCGACUUCUCCAACAACCUCGCCCAAGACCUCGGCCCGCUGCUGGCCCUGUUCGGCGAGUCCAUAACGCGGCAGUACCUCAGCGAAAGCACCACGUUUCUCGACUACCUGAUAUUCGCACUAUGUCCCAUCGGGAUCAUCACGGCCAUGGUGUCGGCCAUUCGCGUGUGCGGACACUCCUCCUUGAGGGCCUUCAUCGGGCGCUCGCAGGAAGGCGCCGGCGUCGUCGAGGCGGAACUCUGCACGUCGACGAGCCGCGACGUCUGCGAGCUCUUCAACCAGGGGGGCAUCACGCGCGUUCUCGGCCGGCCCAACGUGUUGGAGCUGGUGUGCCUACAGGAUAACAACAACACUGGAGCCGCGGGAGGGCACAAGGUCAAGCUUUUCCAGGACUACCUCGAGAAGAUGCCCGACGAUCACGAUGAAUGGAAGAGGCAAGAGGGCUCCUUUGCGCUGAGCAGUGACAGUGACUCCACGUUGGGGAGCUCCUUUGCGCCGAAGCCCAAUCUGUCUCUCAACGUCGGCAUCAAAAGGCAACCACUUUGGGUUUUCGCUCUCGUGGCACUCACUGGAUUGGUCUUCCAGGCGGGCAUUCUCGUGCUCGCUGGCUUUGGAGCGUGGAAAUGGGACUGGGGCGUCAGUCAGUCCUUUGACUCGUCGUCCAAGAGCUAUGCGCCGCGCAUGUUCAUAGCGGGAACUGUUUUGCUCUGCCUCGGAAUGUUUGGUUGUGCCGCGCUUGUCGGGCAAACGACGUCAGAGGUUACUUACAAGCGACAGAAGACGUCGUCCAGCUCCUCUCGCCUGAUCUGGCUGCAGCCCGGGCCACAGUUCGUCGGCGACCAGAGUUUCGAUCCCUUUGUACACCUGGAAGACCGGUCUAGGCCGCUCGAGUCUUGGAUGUCCUCGCGCAAGAACCCGACGGGCAAGGCGUUCCAAAUAGCCACAUACGCCGCAACGAUCACGACCCUCGUCGGGUAUGUGCUUCAGUUUAUUGGACUCCGCGGCAUGAAGGCUUGGGUAUCCAUUGCGCAGCUUGGCAUCACUCUCGUCAUGGCUUUCCUCAGAUGCCUGCUCCGGAUGCAGAGACUCGGCCCCAAGGACAGUGAAUUCGCCAAGAUGCCAGACCUGGUGUCUGGACAUGAGCUGGACUGGCUCGCCUUCAGGCUCGCGUUACCCGGAAACCCGGCCAAACGGACUACUUUCAUGGAUACUCUGCGUGGGAGCUUUUCAACGGUUCUUGGGCAGCCGCGAAAACCAGCAUCAGAUGAAAAGCUCCGGGACGAGACGAACGAUUCAUACAAGUCGCCAUCCUGGCACGUCACGGGAUGUACACUGGUGGCUACACGAGGUCUCAGGACCCCUUCGGAGGAUGCGAUACCGCACAAAGACCAUAAGAGCGACAGCAAGACAUCGGUCCAAUUAGUCAAUAAAGAACGCCCGACAACUGAAGACGCAUACGAGCAGCUACUAUCAACGCGGACAAUGCUGGCCAACUUGACCGGCAACUUUACGUUUGAGCGUCUGCGCCGAUCUCAGUACCAGUACUGGGCGGACGAUCAAGUACGGGUGCGCUCUCGAGCCAAGCUAGUCGCAGCCGCCGUCGGACAGGUCGCUGAUAGCAUGGUGCGGGUCGAGCACCGGGUGAACCACAAGCAACAUGAAGCGGAUAUCUCCCUCAGGAUAAGCGCCUCGCGUCCGUACAGAGAGCUAGCCCAUCGGCAGGCGCGCGAGCAGAUUCUGAAUGUCAACAUGAGAGCGCCGUCAACAGAGGCUCACUCUGGCUGGGCCAUCGACCCGGCGCAAAUAGAAGCAAUACUUGGUCUCUGGGUCUGGUCGCUUACUUGCGAUCAUCGACUUCCCAACAGCGAUGGGAUGGACAGCGUAAGCCAUAUCUCAGACCAGCGGGAAGAUGAAGGGCUGCAGAUCAUAUCGGCCGGUCCCGACAACGAAGAGUGGGAGAAGACGCACAACAUCCAACAGGAGAUGGACCUGUGGCUUGGAACCAGCACGGCGCUCAUCCCGAAAUACACACUCCUCGUCGACGAGGACGAGGCGCUCGGCCACGGCGACCUGUGGGUGCUGCGGAAAGGCCACCACGAUGUUUGGGAAAAGUACAAGGGCGAGGAGCCCGUGAAGGACCGAGUCCCAUAUCGGUUCUUCGGUUGGAGCAUCGUCUAUCAGGCUCUGGAGCUCAAGCCAUGCGAGGCAAUACGUUGUGCCAAGCUGCUCCACGGGCUUUCCGACCAGAAACAACAUGGAAGUAAGAUUCCUAUUCGAAUUCAGUGCGCGCCGCGACGACAUGCCCUCCUCGAUCUCUGUAGCCGAGGUCUCUACACCUCCCUUGUCGGAUCACUCGCGAAGAUGAACAACAUCGCCACCUCUACAAUCCUCGAACACGAGGGCUCGAUCCAGCUAGACAACCGCAACGUGUCCGCCAUGGUGGAUGCAUUUGUGGCGAACGGGCUGGGGUCCAGGGCCGACGCCCUGAUGAACAUCAUCCCAGAAUUCAGAAACCGACUGCGAUCAAACCGCGAAGAGAUGCUCACAAGCAUCCUCAAGGGGGCAGACACGUACUGGAAGGCUGGAGAGUGGGAUCGGUCCCAGCUUCUGCUGCGGUGGGCCUGCCGCGAGUAUUCACAGCCCAGGAUCGGGGGAGCCGGAGCGUCAUCACCAGAUACCACGUCGGCAUUCGUUCGCGUUUUGCAAAAGACUUGUGAGCUCUAUCGCUGGUCUCUGGCUAAAGAUGCGACCCAACACAGGCGGGAGUUUGGCCUGGAUGGCAUCCGCUGGAUCGACGAAAACUUUGGCAACAGCAGCUCGCCUUUGCACUCUGAGAGCGACUCCGCAACGGAGCAGCCCGACAGCGAGCACGGUGCUGGGGAGGUCGUUGAGACCAUCGCCCGGUACAAAGGGGUUGUGAGCGCGUUCGAAGCCGACAGCGGUCCCCCUCCAGAUCCGCUGGGCGCAGACUCUCCGCUCGUGCAAGCCAUCAAAGACCGCGACAGGACAAUGGCGCUCUACCACCUGUGUUUCACCCACGAAGGCGAUUUCGGAUCAAGAAAGCUGCAUCCAGCGCUUCCCCUUGCCGUGCGAAACGAGUGGACAGAGGUCCUCGAAGCGAUCCUCGAAUUAAGGGGCAACAUCGACAGCCAGGACGACGACGGUAGGACGUCGGCGUCCUACUGUGCAGAGCUGGGCUACGAAGAAGCCCUCGGAGGAAUCUUGAAGCUAGGCGCCUUUGCCGACCUGGCCGAUGCCGAGGGUCGAACGCCAGUGCAUUGGGCGUGCCUCAAGGGGCAAGCGAAGACUCUCAGGCUUUUGGUCGACUCGAAGCAAGUGGACAUCUACAGAAAAGACGCGGCUGGAAAGUCGCCGAUCUGGUAUGCAAUGGAAGCCAGCGACACUGCCACCGUGGGCUAUCUCUGCGACAUUGAUCUCAGCUUCAUCACAAGUACGAACGAGCCUCGCGGCGAGACGGCGAUGGUAUGGGCAGUGCGGCACGGCAGCGGUGAAGUAGUCUGGGCCAUGUUGAGCAGGCUGCUGGAUGUGAACAAGGACAACAUCAACCUGGCAAACAAGGAUCAGCAGACCUUGCUUUAUCAUGCCGCGCUCGCAGGUAACGUUCCUGCAGUGAGAAUUUUGCUAGAUCACGGGGCAGACAUGGACCUCGCAUCCAGGAGUGGUUGGCGGCCCAUUGAGAUGGCGGCUGAGAAAGGACACGAGGAGAUAGUCCGCAUCCUGCUCGAAGCUGGAGCCAAUUUGAUACCGGAAGAAAAGGAUACUCCUUGUGUCGUGGCUCGAGCCGCUGGAUGCUACGAGCAGGGGGUCCUCCGACUGUUGCUUCAGCACGAUCCUCGACCUGAUAUCGAUCGGCCAACCUGGCAUAAUCGGACCCCUGUGUCGCUGGCCGCCAACUAUGGCCGAUCCAAAAACCUCAAAUUACUUCUUGAUGCAGGCGCAUCUCCGAACAGUGCGGAUCAUGCGGGCCGGACUUGUCUGUAUUGGGCCGCUGACAAGGGUGGGUACGACGUUGUGAAUAUUCUGAUCGCAUACGGAGCUGAGCUGGAUCGAUGUACCACCUGGGGUGAAUCCCCAUUAUAUGUUGCCGCUGAAAAGGGGUACACAUACGAGGCAAAGACACUUCUCAAGCAUGGAGCGAACCCAAAUCUCUACUCAUCGACUGGCGAAACGGCACUGCUUCGCGCCGCAACAAGAGGUCACCGGGAUGUCGUGAAGCUGUUGCUGCAAAACGGCGCUACAUCAAACCACGUCGAUGAGUAUGGGAAAACGGCAAUCAUGAAAGCCUGCCAAAGAGACGACGAAGAAGAGGUCGAGAUCGUCCGGAUGUUACUGGAUUAUGGCCCUGAUGAUAUCAAUAUCGCUGACAAACGUGGACGAAACGCACUUUAUUACGCAGACAGGGGGUCUAAGGGGGCCAUUGUACAGCUUCUGCUCGAUCGCGGAGCGGUCGCGAGGAUACCGCGAGGCCAGUCUGCGACCUAGAAUAG